UAUCACAUAAUGAUCGAUUCACGUAUAAUAAGAUGGCGCAUACAAAUUUUCUGUUCUUAUUAACUUACUUUGCUAUACCCUAUGUUAUGACCAAAGAUGGUAUAAAAAACCAAAUGAAACGAACAAUUGCACAGGGAAGGAUACCUGCAAUUGAGUACCUCGGUUGUGGAUAUGAUAUUUUAUACGGUAAUCCAUUGGCUGACGACGGCACACUUGUAGACCCGGGAUACCGCAAUCCUAUAAUAUCUUUCACUUUGGCUCAUCACAAGAGUAAAGGUAAAAAGGAUCUUAAAUAUGCUAACAUACCAGGAGCAUGGAUUAGACCUUUAGUUGCAUGCCAAAGAUCAGAUGAAACUUCCAUUGUCAAAAGCAUCAGUGAUUACCAAAAGGCGUUAUCUGUUGACUCAGAAGUUGGGAUUGGCACCGUAGACGAAUCAGCAAAGUUUGCACUAUCAGCUGGUUAUGCCGAAUCUUCAGCAAUCAAUCUUUCUAAUGAAAGGACACUGCACAUACAAAGAAAUUACUGUUUUCUGUUGGAAGCUGCGUUGCCCGUCAACGGAAAGUAUGCAUUCAAAAAAUCAUUCCAAAAUGCUACAAAGGAGCUAAAACCUAAUUUCAAAAAGGCAGCAACGGAGUGUACCACCAUCAGGUAUGCAAUAAACCCCGAAUACCCCGAUUGCAAAGAAGUCAAACCGUGGAUGCAACUAUUUGAGAUGUUUGGGACCCAUUUCACCUAUAACAUAAAAAUUGGUGGCCGUCUAACUAAAAUUUCACAAGUAAAUCUGAACAAGAAAACAAACACAAAUAUGAACAGUGUGAACGCUGGUGCUACAACACAAGUACGUAACGAAUUAUUCGGAGCAUCUGCAGGUGUUGGUUUAUCUAAAGGAUCAACAAAAGAUAACACUGAAAAUAUAUCUUUCACUUAUGUGAAUGUCCUGGGUGGGCGUACGAUAGGGAAUGUAGAAGACGAGAACGAAUACCUAGAAUGGAUAAACUCUAUACCGGAGCAUCCAAUGCCUAUUCGUAACCAGCUAGCUCCAUUAGCCAAGCUGUUUGACUCAGAAGAACUAAAAGAAACCUAUGAUGAUGCCAUGGAAUAUUAUGUUGAACUCAACGGUCUCAAAACUAAAUCGGAAACCAAAGAAGCCCAAGCAUAAUAUUUAUAAUGUGUUAAAUU